AUGUUGGCCCAAAGACCCUCAUUCCGGUUCCUGGCCACGGGCGCCAUCGUCUCGAUCGUCGCUUUUGCAUUCCUCAUUUUCGGCACACGUUCCUCACGCGAUGCGGCAUCAAGAUACAUCCUGAAGACAGCUCGUCUCGAAUCAUCCUCACAAACACACUGUGCGCAGGAGACAUAUCCCACUCCGCCGAACAGCAGCUGGGAGUUUGUUGUUGAGCGCGAUGCCUUGAACCAUGGCCUAUCGGAUGAGCAGUGCCAGCUUGCUUUUCCAAAGCUCUUCGUGGAGACCGAUAAGUCUGCAUUAUUGAGACAAGAAGCAAUGAUCACAUACAAGGAUCUGGACUCGAGAGAGGUGGAGGAUGGUAUGGUUCGGGCGAUCAUUGAUCGAGGUCAGCUUUACAUUGUCGAAUAUGCCCCAAUGCCCGUCACAGCCUCGCGCGCCCGUGCUACACUCAACUCCCUCCAUCGUGCUUUGAUGGCCACCCCCGACCGACAUCUUCUGCCGAGCAUCGAAUUCAUUUUUACCACGGAGGAUUUUGCCAAUGAUCCCACGGGGAGAGGACCAGUCUGGGCUUAUUCCAAACGCGAUGCAGACGACUCGGUCUGGUUGAUGCCGGACUUUGGAUACUGGGCGUGGCCAGAGGUCCAAAUUGGACCGUACCAUGAAGUGCGGCGCCGCAUCGCCGCGAUCGACGACGGUGAAACAGCUCCCGAUGGAUCAUAUGUCCCAGGGCUGCGUUUCCAGGAUAAGAAGAAGCAGCUCGUCUGGCGCGGUAGUCUCGCCACCAACCCGGCUGUUCGCAGCAAACUGCUCAAGUCCGCCCAAAGCCGGAGCUGGGCAAGCGUGCGAGUGAUCGACUGGGCUGACGAGAAUGAUAUCCGCUUCAACCUCCUCCCUAUCGAAGACCACUGUCGGUACAUGUUCGUCGCUCAUACCGAGGGGCGCAGUUUCUCCGGUCGCGGCAAGUAUCUACUCAACUGUCGCUCCGUGAUGAUUUCGCACCCGCUCAUCUGGCGUGAAGCGCACCAUGCAGCCUUGGUAUCGUCCGGUCCGGACGCGAACUAUGUCGAAGUGGAACAAGACUUUGCAGAUUUACCUCGGAAAGUGGACUUUUUGAUCGAUAAUCCACAGGUUGCAGAGCGCAUUGCUGAGAAUGCUGUGCGAACCUUCCGAGAUCGGUAUCUGACACCUGCUGCGGAGUCCUGUUAUUGGAGGCAUCUUGUUAAGCAGUACGCUUCGGUGUUGGACUUUGAGCCUGUGCUCUUCGCGACCAGUCGCGAUGGGAAGUUGACACCGCGAGGGACGCCGUUUGAGACGUGGUUGUUGAUGAAUUGA